GUGUUGGUCUCCAGAAUAUCGUUGGUUACCAAAAGUCCAGAAAUACUGCUGUUCUUCAAACGUAACCUGCAGUCUUCGAAAUGGCAGCAAGCGAGCAGUCAAAAAACGCCGCACAAGCUACACAGGAUGGAAGACCACCUUCAAUUGUGUAUGGACCUUCGGCACCAGUGCCUCUAACACUGACCUUCGCUCAGCUCCUUGAUCACAAUGCUGAAGUCAGAGGCGACAAACCGGCAGUCAUUUCACACCCACAAGAUGGCUUGACCUUAUCGUGGGCACAGCUCCGCGAGCGAAGCAUAAAACUGGCAAGAGCCAUGGCAGCGGAUGGUGUAAAGAAUGGCGACUUGGUGGCCAUCUCUCUGGGCAGCAGAGUGGAAUAUUUCGAGACAUUCUUCGCCUGCACCAGGCUCGGAGCCGCACUCGUACUUCUCAACUAUGCGUAUGCAGAAUCUGAGAUGAUGGCACUGCUCAAGGAUGUCCGACCCAAGAUGUUGGUAGCAUCUCCUGGCUUCACAUUCUACGACAACACGAAGAUCCUACCCAAAAUUGCAGAAGAGAUACCUGCCAUCCAAAAAUUCAUCAUAAUGGACGAUCUGGCGCAGAAGUACAGAUUGGCUGGCUCCCUUGCGAGGUCUGCCAAAUACGAGGAAUACAUUGAGCAAUACGACGCAGAUGUGCAACAACUGCCAGAUGCCGACAUCUCACCACACGACAUGGUUAACGUUCAGUUCACAUCAGGAUCAACUGGUCUCCCUAAAAGCGUGGCUCUCUCACAUUACAACAUCAUGAACUGCGGUCGCUAUAUAUGGCAGCAGACACGGAUGACAGACGAAGAUCGCGUUUGCCUACCUGUUCCGCUCUUCCAUUCCUUCGGCAUGAUUGUUGGUAUCAGCUCUAGCACCGUUGGAGGAUCCGCUCUUGUCCUUCCCCACGAAAUCUUCAAUUCAUCGGCAACACUACGAUCCGUCGAGAAGUACAAAUGCACAGCAAUCUAUGGCGUACCCACCAUGUUUGUCACCGAGAUGGAGCAGAAGGAGUUUGACUCGAUAGAUCGAUCAACUAUCAAAUUUGGCAUUAUUGCCGGAGCUGCCAUGCCGCCAGAGCUUCUGCGCCGGAUAGCAACCAAAUUUCCGGUCCCCAGAAUCUACACCUGCUAUGGAAUGACAGAACUAUCAAGCUUCAUUAGUAUGAUGCAUGAGACAGACCCAUAUGAGAAACGCAUACAGACAGCAGGUAGACUGUUCCCACACUUUAUUGCAAAGAUUGUCAAGCCGGAGACUGGGAUUGUGCUGCCUUGGGGUGAGAAGGGCGAGAUCGUAGCUAGUGGAUAUGGCCAGAUGUCCGAAUAUCUGAACAACAAGAAGAAGACCGACGAGUCCCUAAGAUAUCACCCAGAAGAUCUCGAACCUGGUGGAGUUGGAGGGUUGGGUGACGGAAAGUGGAUGCACACUGGCGACGAAGGCUAUCUCGAUCCAGAAGGCUACUUCAUCAUAUCGGGCCGAAUAAAAGAUCUCAUCAUUCGCGGAGGAGAGAACAUCUCGCCUAUGGAAAUCGAAGACAGAUUGAUCGAACAUGAAUCAAUUGCACAAGCUUCGAUUGUGGGAGUAGCAGAUGAUAAAUAUGGAGAAGAGUUGGGCGCAUUCAUUGAGUUAAGAGAUGGUUUCUCAGCGAAGCGACCAAGCAAUGAUGAUUUGAGGGCUUUCGUGAGACAGAAGCUGGCACGGUUCAAGGCACCGAGAUAUUUCUUCUUCCUUGGAGAUGGGAAAGCGCCAGAUGAAUGGCCCAAGACCACCAGCGGCAAGAUCAGUAAACCACAUCUGCGAAAGAUGGUCGAUGACUUGGUCAAGUCAUAGACAGCUAUAUAUCCUGAUAGACAUUCAAACCGAAGCAGAAGCUGCGACAGACAAGUGUGGCCUCAGAAAUCAUAAUCAUUCUACCCAUUCGAACGGAAUUUUCCAGAGCACAAUACGAUGCAGACUGUAUUACUGACACCCAGGAGAUCGUGAAGCAUCGCUCCGUUCCUCCGGAAAGAGCGAAGGCAGGUGAGGCGAAACAUCUUGGCAGCGACCAUUCUACUCGCUAGCUCGAACCAUGCUUCAAGCCCUCGACGCACGUUGACCUCGGGGCUGAUAUGCACGU